AUGGCUCCGCGCACUCGCCCAGCGUCAUCAGGACGAAAACUGAUAUUGAAACCCUCCAAAACUAAAGCUGACCUCUUGAUUCAGCGCAAAGUCAAAGUUGUUACCGAGCAGAAUGUCAUCGACAAGCCGCCAGUUGAUCAGUUCCCUAUGCGAGAAUGGAGCUUGAAGGUUUUCAUGGUCGAUGAGGACGGCAACGAGCGCCCAGCCGAUGUUUUCACCAAGGUUGUCUACAACCUGCACCCCACAUUCGAGAAUCCCGUUCAGAGCUACACUAAACACCCAUUUACGUGUAAGAAUGAGGGUUGGGGCGAGUUCGAAAUCUCGAUCGAUUGCUACACUACGGAGAAAACGAAACUAGCGCCCAUCAUUCACGAUCUCAACUUCCACCAGACCAAGUACGAGCAAACACACACUGUGGUUUUCAAGAACCCCUCCCAGAGUUUGCAGGAGCGCCUGCGCGAAACCGGCCCCCUCCCUACCGAUGACGACCAUCGUCCUAAGAAGAAGGGAAUCGCGACCAAGAAGAGCGCCCAAAAAUACGACUAUGAGAAGAUCGCCGAAUCGCUGGAAAAACUCGAGGAGGAGGAUCUGCUCCGUGUCAUUCAGAUCAUCAACGAGAACAAGGGGCCAGACACCUACAUAAGGAGUGAUGUUGAAGCCGGAGAAUUCUCCAUCGAUCUCUACACUAUGCCAGACAGUCUCACCUCAAAGCUUUGGGAUCACCUUUCCAAGAAGGGUCUUGUCAGCUAG